AAAUAACAGCUAGAGAGUAUUUGCUAUCAUGAGUCAGGAAUUAGCUGAGAAGAAAGAGCAGGAAGAAGAGUAUAUCGAAGAAGAGGAUGAAGAUUUCGAUCCAGAAAAUGCUCAAGAUGACAAUUUUUCAAGUGAUGAUGAGGAAGAAGUGAAACCAACAAAGAAGCAGAAAAAGAAUGACAAGAAUGGUGGUGAUGAUUACGAUUUAUCGACUGAAAAGGAAGUGAAAAGUGCAAAUUAUGAUCGUAUUGAAAGUGCAGAAGGUGGUUUAAUCAAAACAAGAACUCAGAGAGCACUAGAGGAACAACAAGCUAAACAGUAUAAAACUGUCAGUGGUGUGAAGAGCAAUGUGGAUAUUGAUGAUGUAUGGAAAAACUUACAAGCACAAUCCAAAGAAAGAUUAAAAUACAGAUAUGGCUCAUCCUCGCCAUCACCAUCCCAGACUCCACAACAAUUGAAUUCAAAUGAAAAGAUUAAAAUUAAGAGAAGAUAUGAGUUUGCAGGUGAAAUUGUUGUUGAAGAUAAAUGGGUUGAUAGGGAAUCAGCUGAGGCUAGAGAGUAUCUGAACUCUGUCAAGAAUAACCCAAAUGAGAAGGUUGAAACUCAAGAAGGUGAUGAUAAACCUAAAGAACAAAAAUCCAAUGAUGUUGGUAAAAAACUAAGAGUCAAAAGAAAGAGACCACCAUUAUUAGAGGGCAUCAUUAGUGGUGCUAUUAAACCGAAAUUCAACACUUUGGAGAAAUCAAAGUUGGAUUUUGCCCAAUUUGUUGAUAAAGAAGGUAUUGAUGAUGAGUUAAGACAACAUAAUAAGAAUGGUUAUCUUGAAAAACAAGAUUUCUUGAGCAGAGUUGAAUUCUUCAAAGAUACUCAAAUAAAGGAGAUGAGAAAGAAGGAACUGGCGAAUCAAAGCAAAUGAUGGACUAUGUGUUUACGAAAUGUUACGACCAAUUGU